AACAAAAUAUCAGGGUUUUCUUAUAUUUGAUAGCGUCAUUAUACAACAGCUGUCCGGGCAUAAAUAUUACAAAUAACGAGCUGAGCUAUAAUUGUGAACAUUAUUUUUCUGGAAUAAGAACAUCAAAACUUAAGAAGUUGUGAACAUAAAUAUCCUGACUGUUGUGACUUGUGUAAUCUAUUACAAAAAAUGGCUCAAGUUCUAAGUGCACUUGUACUGUUGAUGAUGACGAUUAUCCCAACCGUGACAGCAAACACAGAUCAAUGCGUGGGCAAAUCGUUCUUUCAACCUUGUGGAGAUGGUGGUAGAUGUGUAUGCCCGAACCUGAAUAAAAUCACCGAACUUAAUCCUAGUAAAAUAAGGGUGUGCUCGGUUGACACAAAAUUCGUCUGCAAAAGGCCAGAAUGUUUAAGUGUAAGCGGCAGAUUUCUCGAUCCUAAAAGGACGACAAACGGUGAUUAUCUGCAUUGUAAUGAUGACACAGAAUGUGGAAACCAUUUCAAGUGCACGUUUAAUUUGUGUUGCCCCGUGUAUCAGGGAAAGUUUUCUCGAAAAUAAUUACGGAAACUUCUCUCAUAUCCAAUAAACUGACCGGAAUGUAACAAAAACUCUAAAUAAAAUACUGUACAAGCAUUA